AUGGUGUCAUUGUCAGCAGCCAUGAUCCGCGCCCUCUGCCUUUGGGCUCUACUGCCUGUGACUGUGGCGAAAGUGAAGCUGGGGAAGCACAUCGUGAAGUACACCGAAGAGAAGCUGAACUAUGUCCUGAAUCAGGCGGAACGACCUCCGAUCUUCCUGGAAAUCUUCUCGCCCACCUGUCCGGCCUGUCAAUCCUUGGCGCCACGCAUGAGCCAAGCAGCCGCCAUGUUGAAGGACCAAGCGCCAGAGAUGAAGGUCAUCGCAGUGGAUGGCACGCAGGCAGAGAACACCAUGAAAGACUUGGGUGCUGCGGAGUUCCCGGCGCUCUUUGUGCUGAGCCCAAACUACAAAACGUACCGUUUGCCGCUGUCCAUGGCCGACAGCAGCGCUGCCAUCGCCCGCUGGGCCUUGCGCGCCGCCGCGCCCGCGGUGCAACGCAAAGCGCCAGACACGGCGGUGGAUGUGCCGCAGCUGCUGCUGAGGGCGAAGGACAUGGUGCCAGCAUUUGAGAGCCUGGCGGAGGAACGCAAGAUGGACUUCGAGGCCUACUGGAUUCCCGAUGGAAGCGACCAAGCCGUGUCCUCCAUCCGCCACCCUGGCCAGCCGGAGGUGAAUUUCACGUGGACUCACUUGACGGCUGAUAGCUUGGAUGAAGAGGGUGAAAGGUUUGAAGACUUCGUGAAGGAGAAUUCCAUGCCGGCAGUGAUGCUGGUGAAAGAACCGAAGAAGACCAUGAAGAUGCUGGAGGGCCAUCAGGAUGCCUUGCUGCUGUGGCUGGUCCUGAACUCGGCCGAGGCCCAGGAGGCGCCUUGCGAAGAGACCUGCAGCGCAAGCGGUGCAAGCGCACCGCAGCAAGCGCAGGCGUUGGAGGAUGCCCUGAAGCCUUGGAGGCAGCUCCUGCAGGAGACCCGACAGGUCUUUCAGGCCAGUGUGGCGGCGGAAACGGAGUCCUCCGUGCGCAAACGGAAGAAACUCCUCAUUUUGGCCAUCGACAUCCAUGAGUUUCCCAGCUUCGUGGAACACGAGCUCUACGCCUGGCACGCCCCGGCGCUGGUGGCGCAACGCUUUCGCCACGGACCCAGGUAUUUCUUUUCGGAUGUCGCAACGAUGCCGGAAAGUCCUGAGAGCUUGGUGGACUUCAUGAAGGGCUUAUUGAAUAGGAGUCCCCGGCAGAUGUCGGAGCGGCCGCAGCUGGAAGAUUCAAGCAAGUUCUGGCAGAAGUUGGUGAAUGUUGGCUUGGAGGAGAGGCUCCGGCAAAAUGGCGCUACCAUUCUGUAUGUCUACAAGUCGCCUGACAGCAUUUCCAAUGACGAAGAGGUGAUCGAUUUUGAAGAUGAGAUGGAAGCAUUGGAUGCCAUGUCCGAAUGGCUCAACAAGAGUUGCAACAGGACUGAGCCACUGCUGUGUUUGGAGUUUGCCAUGACUUGGACAGCGCCACCCAUCAUGGCAGCCUUGGACGUGAGGAAGAAUGAAGUUCCUCUGAGUCUUUAUGCAGCAGCCAGCAUCGGAGGAUUGAACGCUCCUAGUCUUUACUUCAUCGAAUCGGACGUGGGGAAGACUCCCGUGGGCAUCCGCUGGGCCGGCGACGUGGCGGAGUUCCAGAAGUCCGCGAGGACAGACCCGACCUCUCUGAUGGAAGCCAAACGCAACAGCUUUCUCCGCGGCAGCCUCAAUCAGAUCAUUCCCUGGGUCCUGGAACAGUCAAGGCGGAAGGCCUUCGAUGUGCCGGCGGAGUAUCUGCCGGGUGAGGGCCUGGCGUUUCGACAGAAGACCUCCGCAGUGCUUGACCUGUUCAAUGAGAAGGAUCUACAGAAGCUCUUGGAGCGGAAGGUCACGGGUUUCAUGGAGUUCUACAGUCCCAGCUGUGGCGCCUGCAAGAAGUUCGCCCCCAGCUACGAAAGCGCGGCCCGCAAGGCUGAGACCUUCACGCUGGCGCGUAUGGAUUGCUCCACGGCAGAAGGCGAGAGGUCCUGCAACAAACAUGGCGUUGACAAAUAUCCCACAGUGCUCUACAUGGCCAAUGGUCGUUUGGAGAAGUAUCCGGGAGGCCCCGGCAGGGACCAACUGCUGGAAUUCUUGGAGGCGCAGAGCUCUCCGCUGGUGGAGGAAGUGCAAACUCUUGAGGUAGCCCAAGCCCUUGCCGUCACGAAGCCGGUGCUGCUGUGGUCCGGGGCAGAGACCUUCAGCGAAGUUCUGGAGGUGGCGGAGUCCUUUAGACAACAGGUGAAGGUCGCCAAGGUCGCCAAAGCGUUGGAGGAACCCGAAAACCUGCGGCUGAUCUGGCCACGCUCUAGCGGCAAGAGUGACGUUUUGUACGAUCAGACUGGCAAGUUUUCCAAAGAUGAACUUUCGCUUUGGCUCGCAGAGCAAUUGGUGCGCUCUGCACCAAUUCCAGCAGAACAGACCAGUCCGGUGCUCACUGUUGUUGGCGCCAACUUUAGGCAGGUGCUCUAUGCACCCCUGGCCCGAGGAGCUUAUAGAACCGGUCCCUGGAUGGUUGAUUUGGCUGGAUAG